AUGAAGUUUGCCGCCUUCGCCUUCGUCCUGCUUUUCACUGGAGCUUUUGCGGCCCCAAAGCCUGCCGAAAAGCUUGAGGCACGCAUGAACUGCGCUCAAUGUAUUGCAGUCUAUAGUGCAUCCUCUUGCACUGCCCCUGGAGCCGUCGAGAAUGGAUGUGGCAGUCUAGCCAUGGCUUCUUGCAAGGAAUCAGGAUUCUGCAGCUGA